UCGCUGUCAGCCCCCUCCGCAUGGGAACCAGGGGAGGGGGGAGCGAGCCACUGACCCACGGGGGCCUGAGGGCUGUACCACCGACCCUGCACCCGGGGGGACUCGGGGGGCCUAAGGGCUGAACCACUGAGCCCCGAGCAGGCUCUUCGGGCGAACCACGCUGCGGGAGUCAUGGAGGAGAGACGAGAAGGGUCAAGAUUACCGGCCAUUGACCACCCUCCCGGGGAUGGGGAAGGGGUCUAGACUGGGCGGCCAGGCUUCUUGGUCCUCUUUUCCCGAGGCUUCUGUCUCUGUACACGAGAAAGCCUCUCCCCGUCGGAGACUCAGUCUUUGCACCUGCGAAAUGGGCACACGGGUGCAGCUGGGUGGGCCGUGGUUGCCCGGGCCGGGGAGGAGGCCCACCUGUUCCAGCCCGCGUCACCUCCUCUCGCAGAGUGAAGAAUCUCGACCCUGCGCCUCCCUGUCAGGCGGCUCCCCGAGCCGAUGGAGGAGAACGAGGUGGAGAGCAGUAGCGACGCGGCUCCGGGGCCUGGCCGGCCCGAGGAGCCCUCUGAGAGCGGCCUGGGCGUGGGCACCUCUGAAGCGGUGUCGGCCGACAGCAGCGACGCCGCGGCGGCUCCGGGGUCGGCGGAGGCCGACGACUCUGGCGUGGGGCAAAGCUCCGACCGCGGCAGCAGCUCUCUGGAGGAAGUAUCUGAGAGUAGCUCGAGCACAGACCCCUUGCCCCACGGCUACCUGCCUGAUUCAUCUUCUCUGUCCCAUGGGCCAGUGGCAGGGGUGACAGGUGGCCCCCCAGCCCUGGUGCACUCCAGCGCACUGCCAGACCCCAACAUGCUGGUGUCUGACUGCACGGCUUCUUCCUCGGACCUGGGCUCGGCCAUCGAUAAGAUCAUUGAGUCCACCAUCGGGCCGGACCUAAUCCCGAGUGAGUCUGGCAGAGGGCAGCAGGAGUCAGCCCACAGGGAUUUCCUGUGGGGUCCAGCAGAAGCAGGCUGUAUCACCGUAACCAGUGCUGAGGAUGGCGGGGCCGAGACGGCACGGUACCUGAUCCUGCAGGGCCCGGACGAUGGUGCCCCCAUGGCCUCGCCGAUGUCCAGUUCCACAUUGGCCCACAGCUUGGCAGCCAUCGAGGCCCUGGCUGAUGGCCCCACAUCCACGUGCCUAGAGCCACCGGAGGAGGCACGGGGUAGGCCCAGCUCCCCCACGCAGCCGCCCCCGGGCUCUGGCGCCGAGGAGCCAGACCUGCAGAGCCUGGAGGCCAUGAUGGAGGUGGUGGUAGUCCAGCAGUUCAAGUGCAAGAUGUGCCAGUACCGGAGCAGCACCAAGGCCACGCUGUUGCGCCACAUGCGGGAGCGGCACUUCCGACCAGCAGCAGCAGCAGCAGCAGGGAAGAAGGAGCGUCUGCGGAAGUGGGGCACCUCAGCCAAGACCCAGGAGGAAGAGGGGCCAGAGGAGGAAGAUGACGAUGACAUCGUCGACGCUGGCGCCAUCGAUGACCUGGAGGAGGACAGUGACUACAAUCCGGCCGAGGAUGAGCCCCGGGGCCGGCAGCUACGUCCCCAGCGCCCUGCUCCCAGUAUGCCAAGACCCCGAAGGAGACCUGGCCGGCCUCGGAAGUUGCCUCGCCUAGAGACCUCAGACCUCCCAGAUGGUGUGGAAGGAGAGCCUCUAGUGAGUUCCCAGAGCGGACAGAGCCCUCCAGAGCCCCCGGACCCCGAGGCACCCAGCUCUUCGGGCCCAGGAUGCCUGGUUGCCCUGGGCAAGGCCGACAGGGCCCCCGUGGACCCCAGCGUGACCCAGUCAGAUGCGGAGAACGCGGCUCCCUCCUGCCAGGAUGAGCCUGCUGCCCCGCCCCGCCGCCGGGGCAGACCCUCCAGGCGCUUCCUAGGCAAGAAAUACCGCAAGUAUUAUUACAAGUCUCCCAAACCGCUCCUGAGGCCCUUCCUGUGCCGCAUUUGCGGCUCCCGCUUCCUGUCCCACGAGGACCUGCGCUUCCACGUCAACUCCCACGAGGCCGGGGACCCCCAGCUCUUCAGGUGCCUGCAGUGUAGCUACCGCUCCCGCCGCUGGUCCUCGCUCAAGGAGCACAUGUUCAAUCACGUGGGCAGUAAGCCCUACAAGUGUGACGAAUGCAGCUAUACCAGCGUCUACCGGAAGGACGUGGUCCGACACGCGGCCGUGCACAGUCGAGACCGGAAGAAGAGACCAGAUCCGGCUCCAAAGCUGAGCUCCUUCCCUUGCCCUGUGUGUGGCCGUGUCUACCCGAUGCAGAAGAGACUCACGCAGCACAUGAAGACACACAGCACGGAGAAGCCCCACAUGUGUGACAAGUGUGGAAAGUCCUUUAAGAAGCGCUACACCUUUAAGAUGCACCUGCUCACGCACAUCCAGGCUGUUGCCAACCGCAGGUUCAAGUGCGAGUUCUGUGAAUUUGUUUGUGAGGACAAGAAGGCACUACUGAACCACCAGCUGUCCCAUGUCAGUGACAAGCCAUUCAAGUGCAGCUUUUGCCCCUACCGCACCUUCCGGGAGGACUUCCUGCUCUCUCACGUGGCUGUCAAGCACACAGGGGCCAAGCCCUUUGCCUGUGAGUACUGCCACUUCAGCACACGGCACAAGAAGAACCUACGCCUGCACGUGCGAUGCCGACACGCAAGCAGCUUUGAGGAGUGGGGGCGGCGCCACCCCGAGGAGCCACCUUCCCGCCGUCGCCCCUUCUUCUCUCUGCAGCAGAUUGAGGAGCUGAAGCAGCAGCACAGUGCGGCCCCCGGACCACCCCCCCGCUCCCCGGGACCUCCUGAGAUUCCCCCCGAGGCAGCACCUUUCCAGGCACCCGAGACCCCCCCACUGCUCUGUUCUGACACGCUUGGUGGCGCCACCAUCAUCUACCAGCAAGGCGCUGAGGAGUCCACGGCAAUGGCCACGCAGACGGCCUUGGAUCUGCUGCUGAACAUGAGCGCCCAGCGGGAGCUGGGGGGCACAGCCCUGCAGGUGGCCGUGGUGAAGUCCGAGGACGUGGAAGCAGAGUUAGCAUCCCCUGGUGGGCAGCCCUCCCCAGCAGGUGCCACUCCGCAAGUGGUAACCCUCCACGUGGCCGAGCCGGGGGGCAGCGUGGCAGCAGAGAGCCAGCUAGGUGCCCCUGACCUGCAGCAGAUCACCCUGGCACCUGGGCCAUUUGGUGGGACUGGCUACAGCGUCAUCACUGCACCCCCUAUGGAGGAGGGGACAUCAGCUCCUGGCACGCCUUACAGCGAGGAGCCCCCAGGGGAGGCAGCCCAGGCUGUGGUUGUGAGCGACACCCUGAAAGAAGCUGGUACCCACUACAUCAUGGCAGCCGACGGGACCCAGCUGCACCACAUUGAGCUGACUGCAGAUGGCUCCAUCUCCUUCCCAAGCCCGGAUUCCCUGGCCUCUGGAGCCAAGUGGCCCCUACUACAGUGUGGGGGACUGCCCAGAGAUGGCCCUGAGCCCCCAUCUCCAGCCAGGACCCACCGGGUGGGAGACCCCCAGGGCUCUGCCUCCCCACCCCCCACGGCCAGCAAAGCCCUGAGCCUGGGAGUGCCGCCGUCGCCACCGUCCGCAGCCACAGCCUCCUCCAAGAAGUUUUCCUGCAAGAUCUGUGCUGAGGCCUUCCCUGGCCGAGCAGAGAUGGAGAGUCACAAACGGGCCCAUGCCGGGCCUAGUGCCUUCAAGUGCCCCGACUGCCCCUUCAGUGCCCGCCAGUGGCCCGAGGUCCGGGCCCACAUGGCGCAGCACUCGAGCCUGCGGCCCCACCAGUGCAGCCAGUGUAGCUUUGCCUCCAAGAACAAGAAGGACCUGCGGCGGCACAUGCUGACGCACACCAACGAGAAGCCCUUCGCGUGCCACCUCUGCGGGCAGCGUUUCAACCGGAACGGGCACCUCAAGUUCCACAUCCAGCGGCUACACAGUCCUGAUGGGAGAAAGACGGGGACCCCGACUGCCCGGACCCCAGCCCGGACCCCCGCCCAGACCAUCAUCCUGAAUAGUGACGAGGAGACGCUGGCCACGCUGCACACUGCACUACAGUCCAGCCACGGGGUCCUGGGCCCAGAGCGGCUACAGCAGGCACUGGGCCAGGAACACAUUAUCGUGGCCCAAGAGCAGACAGUGACCAAUCAGGAAGAAGCCACCUACAUCCAAGAGAUCACCACCGCGGACGGCCAGACAGUGCAGCAUCUGGUGACCUCCGACAACCAGGUACAGUACAUCAUCUCCCAGGAUGGAGUCCAACAGCUGCUCCCCCAGGAAUAUGUGGUGGUUCCAGAGGGCCAUCACAUCCAGGUACAGGAGGGCCAGAUCACACACAUCCAGUACGAACAAGGGGCCCCUUUCCUUCAGGAGUCCCAGAUCCAGUAUGUGCCUGUGUCCCCAGGCCAGCAGCUGGUCACACAGGCCCAACUGGAGGCCGCUGCACACUCAGCUGUCACAGCGGUGGCCGAUGCUGCCAUGGCCCAAGCCCAGGGCCUGUUUGGCGCAGAAGAGGCGGUGCCUGAACACAUCCAACAGCUGCAGCACCAGGGCAUCGAGUACGACGUCAUCACCCUGACCGAUGACUGAGCCCUGAGGGCCCAGCGCAGACCGUGGAUACUGGGGCCAGCCGUGCUUAGGGGUGGGGGUGGGGGGGACCCGCUGGGACUCACCUCCCUGUUCCACCUAGGGUCUCCAGGCACUGAGCAGCCGGUAUCCUGUCACUCUUAAGAGAGCCAGACCUGUGCUGCUGGGUCUAGGGGACAACCAUGGGCCCCAGCCAGGACAUGCUGGGUGCCCUAGCCUGCAGGCAGGCUUUGGGGAGAGAAAUUUAUUUUUGUUUGGAUGGACCCACUGGCCCCUCAGUCUCAAUAAAGGGACCAGAGUCCAGUCCCGACCAUC